AUGUCAACUUCCAGCGGCAACAAUUACGACUAUUAUUACUCCUCUUCCUCCUACAGCUCCUCUGAUGAGGAUUCCAAAGCUUCUGUAGCCAAAUCGAAAGCUAAGACAACUCAUGAUGAGGGAGAGAAGUCUAGCGUACCCUUGAAUGAUCGCAGGGUCACUUAUGUUGAACUUAUGAAGAGGAAGGCUGAAGAUGAUGAAGCCGAGAAUCGUCAGCGCAGAAGGGAUCGAAUCCGGCGCCGAGUACAAGCGGCUGAGGAGAGACGUAAAUUCCUUGAUGGGGUAACCUCUGACUCUGAUGCUGAUGUUUCUGAAGAGGAGACUGCAUGGGUAUUUACAGAUCGUAAGAUCAAGCCUGACCGAAACCAAAGAGAGUUUCGGAGGACCAUGAAGCAAAUUGAAGCCGAAGCUGAAGCAGAAGAAGACUCGGACUCAGAUGAUGAUCCUGAGGCUCGUCCAGACUUCAUCCCUGACACUGAUUUUGAUGACGAGGAAGAUAGCAAUGACAACUCUGAUAACUCGGAUGACGAGAAGGACAAGCUAGGGGUUUCUUCUAAACAAUAA